ACGGGGUGAUCGCCGUCUUCCAGCGCAAGGGGCUGCCUGACCAGGAGCUCUUCAGCCUCAACGAGGGCGUCCGCGUCAAGAGGGACAUUUAUCCUGUUAAAGAGGAAGGACCCACCUGCCUCUUGACGAGUGUCAUUCCGGAAAGGCAGUUACAGCCGGCCAGCACCCUGGUUUCCUGCGAAGAGCCGGGAAAUGAGGACGGUGAGGCAGUGAGGGCGGGCGGCAGCCACAGCUGCUGCCAGAGCCGGGCGGGCCCAGGGAGUCUGCAGGCAUGUGUGUGUCGUGCGGGAGGCAGAAGCUCAGAGAGUUCGAGACAUCUGUCCAGGGUCACACAGCUGCUGCAGGGGGGCAUGUCCCAGUUCUGUGACGCUUCCCUCGGAGCCCCGUCCCUGUGUCAGAAGAACCCGGGAAACAGGCAGUGAACCUCCCCUGGCUGUUGGAGGUGGGCAUGAGAGUCAGUGGGCCAGAUUUUUAUUCGUAGGUGUCCUGUUCCCACCCUGUGUAGCAGAGCUGAGAGGACCCUUACGUGUGGGUAAACCGAGGCCAAUGUGUCACUUGUUCGGGUCAUCCUGCUUUGCUCUGGAUCAUCCGGCCUGGCCAGGGUGGGGCCCCAGGAGCCCCAUUUUCCUGGUACCCCUCUGAUUAGGGAAACAGGAGUUUGUGACAAGCCUGAAGAAUCUCCUCCUAGCCUGGGCAACGCAGUGAGACCCCAUCUCUGCAGAAAAAUUUAAGCCGAGCGAGAUGGUGCGUGCGUGUAGUCCCAGCUACUCCGGAGGCUGAGGCAGGAGGAUCGCUUGAGCCCGGGAGUUCAGUUGCAUGGAGCUGUGAUUGUGCCGCUGCACUGCAGCCUCAGCCUGGGCAAAAGAGCAAGACCCUGUCUCAAAAAAAAAAAAAUCUGGAGAGUGUUUGAACAACAAGCAAAGGAAGGAGUUUUCAAUUCAUGGGCACGGCAGCGGGCACAGCCCCGGCAUUGGCUAAGGUCCCCGGCCCCCCGGCCUGAGCAGCGUGGACGGGCGUCUGUCCUGAUCUUGCUGCGAGCCUCUUCUCCCCGGGCCCCGCCGGCCUGACCCCUGGGAGCUGGCACCGUGCCUGGAGCGUGUGCCGCACAGGGCACAGAGAAGCCACCGGCUCCCAGGCCCCCCUCACCAGCCAGGGACCCUCACCCACGAGAACGUGUAGAAAUGGGUGUCGUGUGGGGCUUCGAGCUCCUGGGCAGCUGGGUUAUCUGGGGCAACUUCUUUUUAACCAGUUAAAACUUAAAUUCUAGAAAUCUUUAAGUCAUAACAAGAAGGCCUUUUUCACGAAGUCUUUCUCUGUGCCAGCCUUGGGCACGCAGCGUUCUGUACCUUAAACUCACCCGCUCCUCACGGCAGCCCCAUGGGUGGGCGCCGGAUCAGCUCCACUGCACAGAUGAGAAGACUGAGGCCCAGAGCGGCGGAGCGGGCGGUUUGCCUGCUCAGGACUGGCAGCUGCUGAAGACGGAGCUGGGGUCCUUCUUCACGGAGUACCUGCAGAACCAGCUGCUGACCAAAGGCAUGGUGAUCCUCCGGGACAAGAUCCGCUUCUACGAGGGACAGAAGCUGCUGGACUCUCUGGCCGAGACCUGGGACUUCUUCUUCAGCGACGUGCUGCCCACGCUGCAGGCCAUCUUCUACCCGGUGCAGGGCAAGGAGCCGUCGGUGCGCCAGCUGGCCCUGCUGCACUUCCGGAACGCCAUCACCCUCAGCGUGAAGCUGGAGGACGCGCUGGCCCGGGCCCACGCCCGCGUGCCCCCGGCCAUCGUGCAGAUGCUGCUGGUGCUGCAGGGGGUGCACGAGACCAGGGGCGUGACGGAGGACUACCUGCGCCUGGAGACGCUGAUCCAGAAGGUGGUGUCGCCGUACCUGGGCACCUACGGCCUCUACUCCAGCGAGGGGCCCUUCACCCACUCCUGCAUCCUGGAGAAGCGCCUCCUGCGCCGCUCCCGCUCGGGCGACGUGCUGGCCAAGAACCCGGUGGUGCGCUCCAAGAGCUACAACACGCCGCUGCUGAACCCCGUGGCCGAGCACGAGGCGGAGGGCGCCGCGGCCGGCGGCACGAGCAUCCGCCGGCACUCCGUGUCCGAGAUGACGUCCUGCCCCGACACCCAGGGCUUCUCCGACUCGCCCGGCCAGGGCCCCGCGGGGGCCUUCCGCCCCUCCCCGGCACCCCGCUCGGGGCCCUGCCCCAGCAGACUGUGCCCGCCCGGCCAGCCCCCCGAGCACAGCCCGGGCCCGGCGCGCGGCUCCCCGCCCACGUCCAGCCCCGAGAACCUGGUGGACCAGAUCCUGGAGUCUGUGGACUCGGACUCCGAGGGCAUUUUCAUUGACUUCGGCCGGGGCCGCGGCUCUGGGGUGUCCGACUUCGAGGGCCCCGGGGGCCGGCAGAGCGUCGUGUGAGGGCCUGGGGCCGGCCGCACGUCUUCUCUGGCCCCCAGGAGUGCGUGUCCCCGUGUGUGCGUGCGAGACUUUUAUACCUUGUCCCGUCCUGGCCGGCCCUGGCCCUGGCCCCGGUCACUUUAUGCUCCCAGGUCUGUGCUGGGAACAUCGGCCUCCCCGCCUCAGCCCGGGGCCGUUCUGGGGGCGACUGAGCCGGCGUCACCCAGGUGUGCAGGGCAGCCUCGUGGUGUGGGCAGGUGGGCCGCACGCUGCUGCCCCAGCCCUGCCGUGUGCACACCCACCCACGGAGAACGUGAAUCCGUGUGUUCUGCCCGUGCCGGGCCCCGGAACGGCCGGCCUGCGGCGCACCUGCCUUCCAGCGCACCCCCACCUGGGCGUGUGGCUGUCCCAGAAGUCCUGCCUCUGCCUGGGUGGCCGUGGGGGCAGGGUGGGGGGUGGAAUAAAACCUGUCGUCCUGGC